AUGGGAUUAAAUCAAGAUUCUGUUUAUGUUGCAUUCGAGGAUCUCGACGCCUCUAGUCAGCAAGCUGGAUCCUUGUCUCAUUUCUUUCCUUGUGCCGGGCAUAUAAAACUCGAGUUCCAGAAAGUUGCCGAUAAAUUCAGCAGUCUGUUGCGAGAAGGACAUGAGAGACUCGGUUGUUCAUUUGCUGCCUAUUAUAAAGGCCAGUUAGUUGUACACCUAUGGGGAGGGUGGAUAAAUGAAGAAAAGGAUAAGAAAUGGGAUGAACACACAAGGACGGUUCUCUUCUCUUGCACAAAGAGUGUUUCUACUAUUGUCCUUCAUUAUGUACUGGAUAGAGCAAACGUUUCGGUGAAUCGAAAAGUUUCCGACUUUUGGCCUGAAUACGGGCGACAUGGAAAAGAGGAAACAACUAUUCUACAGGUUUUACAUCAUCAAGCUGGAAUCCCAUUCACCGACUCUGGCCCUUUGGCUCAAAAUGAUAUGAUGAAUCCAGAAAGAAUGAGUCGAUACUUCGAGGAAGCGAUUCCAAUAUGGAAACCCGGGACACAUACUGGUUAUCAUGCUCUGACCUAUGGCUUUCUUUUGGAUCAAAUUUCUCGAAGAAUUGAUCCGCAAAGAAGAGGAAUUGCUGAGAUCUUUCAUGCAGAUAUUAUAGGGCAAUACGAUAUAAAAGAUAUUUCUAUUGGGCUAUCUAAAGAUGAGUUGCCUCAUCCAACAGUGGCCACAGUCUAUAAUCCUAAUGAAGAUGAUUUGAAAAAGGCUGAGAUUAAGAACCCGUUGGCGCAUAAAAGGUACUUCUUGUCCUACAAUGACUAUAACAAAAGACUUUACAAACAAUGGUCCUUUAUAAAAAUUGACGAUUAUAAUCUCAAAGAGAAUCAAUGCCUUCAAAUGCCAUCAAAUAUGGGAAUUGGAUCAGCGAAGGGAUUGGCUGAAGUGCACUCAUUGGUGGCCACAAGAAAGUUGUUGAACCACAAGUUUUAUGAUAUUGUGAUGGGCCCAGUCCUUGUCAAUGAAAUGGACACCAUCAAUCAGUAUGAAGAAAAUAAAGGAUUUGGAUGGCAAUGGACACGAAAUCCAUGGGGUGAAUGGAUCUUUGGCCAUUCGGGACAUGGAGGCCAAAAUGUGAAAAUUGACUGUCAUCACCAACUAGCGUUUGCAUUUGUCUGUAAUGGAUUGCAUGUGGCUGAUGCUGACCUUGUCUUCACAUUUUCUCAACUGCAAGCCGAGCUUUAUGAGUGUGUAAAACUGUUAGAAACCACGAAUGGCUCA